AUGCACAAUGCCCCGAUCGAGGGCCACUAUCUCGAGCACCAGAACUAUCUCUCCCCUCGCGGCCCUGCCGCCCCCUUCAGCCCGAUCCAGAUGAAGACUUCAUCUUCGAGUGCCUCCUGGCUGCAUCGCAGCAAUGGCGGCAACGUUGCCUCGCUCCAGCCACCCUCAACGAAGCCAAGUAUAGGCGCACCGCUGCUGGGUUGCAUCUUUUUCCUCGAUAUGGCAAAUGACGAUGCGCGCAAGCUCUCCACAGAAAGGCAACUCAAACAACUUGCAGCGAGGGUCGAAGACCUGUUCAAUGGAGACAUCGUGACCCACGUCAUUACCACACGCCACCUCACGCACGAACAAAAGCUCAAGAUCCAGCAGCAGGCCCUCUCCCCGCCGCCGCCGCUCUCCUCUUCCUCUUUGGCCUCGGCCUUCCUGCCCGUCGCCACCACCACCUCCUCCACGCCUGGCCUCUCGUCGCCCUCGCUGCCGGCCUCGCCCCACCCGUCAUCGUCGUCGCAGGCUAUGACCGUGCCGCCCUCUACACACCAGCCCCUCACCACCUCCACCUCCACCUCAUCAACCUCGACGCUGCUGUCGCCCUCGACGCUUGGCAUCUCCAACGCCACGGCCUCAACGUCCCCCAACUCUCCCUUCUCGUCGUCGCCCUCGUCGCCCUUCUCCUGCAACCCGGCCGCGGGCUCCUACCCGCCGCCGCAGGCCUCGUCGUCGCCGUCGUCACCGUCGGCCAUGGCUGCCUACGCCCCGCCAUCCACGGCCGGCGGCGCCUCUUUGCGACCGCCCACGCCAGGCAACGCUGCUAUUCCCGCGCCCACAGCCCCGCACUCGCUCAUCGAGCAGCUGCGAUACGCAUCCGGCAGUGGCAAGCGCAAGGAGUCACAACUCGCCAUGACGCGGAAGGCCUACAUGAUGGCUCACCAGCAACAGCAGGUGCAGGCCACCGACACUGAACUAUCAGAGGAUGUCAUCGCUUUGGCGUAUCGGCUGGGCAAGAAGAUCUAUCACAUCGACAAGUUUGCACCUUGGCUGGAGAAGCACUGCUCGCCCUACGGCUCCGCAAUGACCACCACCACCACCACAAGUGUGCCGAGGCGCGGAAACGAGUCUACGCACACGACGGCCGAGUCGCCCAUCGGCUCUCCCCAGGGCCAACGCAACCUGUCGACGAACUGUCAGUCGACAGCCGCGGGGCCUGCGUGGUCCACCGCGUCUGUAGAUAUGCUGCCUUCCCUCAGCGCCGCCACCGCUGCUGCGCCGUUUGCACCGGUCAUGGUCGUCCCGUCGUCGCUGCCUCCCUUCCCCUCGGGCCUCCCGGGCUCCUCCGCCACCGCUGCCUCCACAACCGGCGUCGUGCCCACGACCACGACCACCAAGCCUCCAUCGCCCACCACGCUGCCCUCUUUCCAGGCGCCCUUCCUCAUGGUCGAGGAUCUCAAGGGACAAUUCAAAACGAUGUACAAAGAGUUCCCCUUUGACUCCUACGGCUGUUCGACGGUGCCCUUCCUCAACCUGGACGCGCCACCCGGCUGCUCGCCCUUCCUCGACGCCGAAACGAUCAAGAAGCACAAGGUAAAGUCACUCCAGCUCCAAAUCGAGGAAAUGCAACGACAAUACCAACAAAAGCUGGAGCAGCGGAAACGUGAGAAGCCGGCCGCCGGCCGGCCCAAGCGACCCACCUCAGCGCCGCUCACGCGCCCGAGGCGACCCUCGCCGAGAGAGCGCUCGUCGCCGCAGGCCGCGAUGCAGGAGUCGGUGGAGAUGUGGGAGGGCGAGGAUGGCGGCGGCAUGGCGGACUCGUCCCUCCAGGUCCCGCACCCGUUCCGCGCGCCCGCGGCGGCGAACCCCAUCGCCACCUCCCCCGGAUCAGGCCUCGUGCUCUACCCGCCAUCGACCUCCUCGUCGUCGUCGGUCGUCUCCCUCUCCUCGUCAUCCUCUUCCUCCAUGCACCAGCAGCGACGGUUGUCGCCCCUCUCCUCCCUGUCGGCGUCGACGCCCUACUGCCCCAUGUCAUCGACGCGGACGUCGCCCACGUUCGCGUUCCCGCCGCUCCACUCGUCGGCGCCCUCGCUCAACACGACGGGCACGACAGGCACGCCGCGACCGUCGAAGAUGUCGUCAUCGGGCGGCAGCCACCAGCACGUCCGGCCGCACUCACACUCGCACGGCUCGUUGACAUCCUCUGCGUCCCUGCUCGCGCGAGCCCACUACCCCUCCGACUGGCGGGAGCGCCUCUCGGCUUCCUGCCUUCCGCCUGAUAGCAGCGGUCGGUCGCUCGGCGAAGAGAUGGAAGACGACGCGUCAACGUCGACGUUCAUGCAGCGAAGCGCGUAA